CGGGGGAGGGGGUAUAAAAGCUAAAAAAUUUCUGAAAUUUAAUUCAUUUCACUUUUCAAAAUGCAUUAUCUUAUUGAUGAAAUUUCUAACAUCUUAAACUGCCACACCAAGUCCUUGCGCGACAAUCUCAAUCAUCCGGCCAAGCGAGCACUUAUUAAUUCUAAACUGAAAGGAAAGUUAGUGCGUACACUUUAUGCUGACCGAAAUGGCUUUAGAAAAACUUUUACACUUUAUGGAUUUACACACAAAGGGGCUCAUUCAAUUAUGGCGUAUGGAUCUUUAGCCCGUCCAUACAACGUUUCCGUGACAGCUCAUUUCUAUUCACGUCAUCGAAUACGUUUACGACACCCUUAUCUUCAAUGUGUCGUGGAAAAGUUUCCAAGGCGAUGUGAGGAUCGAUAUUACCCACUAGAAUUAUUGGAGAUAGUUGAUGAAAAUGAAGAUGAUCAUAUUGGUUUUCCAGCUCCAAACGAUGAUAAAGAAUUUUAUAAGGAUCUUUCUGAGAAACUUUUAAUUGAUAAUAUUUCAAAUUCGGAUAAAAACGAUGAGCCGCUCGAAUUUGAUAUGAUGGAUGAAAUAGAAGGAUGGUAA